AUGGAUAGCUACAAUAUUUCAAGACAUCCUACCACACUCUGGAUCCAAUUUGAAUGUGAAUACGUUGUACCAAAUGAUGGCUUUGUUUUGGCAGUUUGUGGAUCAAUUCCAGAACUUGGGAGCUGGAAUGCUAGCGCUGCACUCAUAGCAGAUCAGCAAUUGAAGGAAUCUGGCAAAUGGGUCGCUGGGAUCCACCUACCAGCAAAUUCUACAUUCGCUUGGAAAUGGGUGGUUCUCCAGCGGCCAAACCUUACUCCCUACCGGUGGGAGGAAACCCACAACAGGAUUGCCAUCCUUGGUGAACAUAACGGAAAAUUCCUUGCACCAUGGAACACAGAAAUGGCGUUUGAUGUUGUUCCAUUCACAAAACCAAGGGAGGAUAGUAUUUGGACAGACGAUGAUGCAAGGCAGCUGAAGACGCUGUUGAAUCUAAUAGCACAACACAACUAUGAAAGUUCUAGUCUAGAAGAACCAAAAGUACAACCCAAAAAUCAACCAGCCACAAUUGUCGGUAGAGGAAUUCUAGAUAUUAUCUUAAGGAUUCCUCGUUGCGUAGGGGCAAUGGCCAUGUCUGCCUUUGAGCUUAUUAAAAACAAACUUGUUAGUUUGUGGCCUGGUCGACACAAUCAAGAAGAUGAUGCUGAUAGGGAUUUGGGUACAUGGGUGUAG